UCGUGAUCCACUGAGGACUUAAAUAGGAGUGACCUCCUGUUGGUUAGAGGAGUGGGAGAGCGAGUACUGCAAGCUUUUGUGCGAGCAUGGCUGAGCCUAUUAGAGUUCUGGUUACCGGCGCUGCUGGGCAGAUUGCCUAUUCCCUUUUGUACAGCAUUGCCAAGGGAGAUGUCUUUGGCAAAGAUCAGCCCAUCAUCUUGCUCCUCUUGGACAUUACAGCCAUGUUGCCAGUCCUUGAGGGAGUUGUCAUGGAGCUUCAGGACUGUGCCCUCCCACUUCUGAUAGAAAUUGUCCCCACUGACAAAGAGGCAGUGGCCUUCCAGGACCUUGAUGCAGCCAUCUUGGUGGGCUCCAUGCCUAGAAGGGAGGGCAUGGAGAGAAAGGACCUGCUCAAAGCCAACGUGGCCAUCUUCAAGAGCCAGGGAGCCGCCCUGGAGAAAUACGCCAAGAAGACUGUCAAGGUUCUGGUUGUAGGAAAUCCAGCCAACACCAACUGUCUGAUUGCGGCAAAGUCUGCACCCUCCAUCCCAAAAGAGAACUUCUCCUGCCUGACCCGUUUGGACCAUAACAGGGCUCGCUCUCAGGUGGCAAUGCGCUGUGGAGUUCCUGCCACCCAUGUGAAGAAUGUGAUCAUCUGGGGCAACCACUCGUCCACCCAGUACCCAGAUGUGCACCACUGCUUGGUCAACAUGUCAGGGAGUGAGCUCGCCUGCUUUGAUGCAGUCAAUGAUGAUGCCUGGCUUAAAGGAGACUUCAUUUUGACGGUGCAGCAAAGAGGAGCUGCAGUCAUCAAGGCCAGGAAGCUAUCUAGUGCCAUGUCUGCAGCCAAGGCCAUCUGUGACCACAUGAGAGACAUCUGGACUGGCACCCCUGAGGGCGAGUUCAUCUCCAUGGGCGUUUACUCCUCUGGCAACUCCUAUGGAGUCCCAGAAGACCUUAUCUACUCAUUCCCUGUCCAGAUCAAGGACAAGACCUGGAAGAUUGUGGAUGGGCUGCCCAUCAACCCCUUUUCCAAGUCAAAGAUGGAGACCACAGCAGCAGAACUAAUGGAGGAGAGAGAGACUGCUUUGGAAUUCCUGGGAGUAUGACUAGACCCUUCAAGGCCACACGACCAGCACUUAAAAUGCCCCAAAACUCCAGACUCCCGUCUGUGAGAACGCACUCCACCAACCCCUGCAUUACUCCGUGUAUGUGAGAGUGACAGAGCAAGUGAGUCAGUGUAUAUGAGUGUAAAGAUGGAUUUAUACUUCUGCGUUGGGAGGCAGAACAUUGAAACAAACCCCGGCACUAAAAUGUGCAGCAGUUACUGAGAUUCCAAACAGUGACAGGGAUUUGCCUGGGGAGUUUCUUUUGUUUUCUUUAAUUAUUUUUCUGAAAUUAAUGAAUUGUUAAUAGUUAAACAGUAGUAAGUUAAAUUAAAGCUCUCAAAGUGUCCCUUUUUAAUCUCAUCAGAUUUAUUCUGUAACCUCUUAAAGCCAUUUGCACUAUAAACCUUGUACUUGCUCGAACUGGCACUGUCUUUCAAGAAGUAAAACAAAACUUGGGCUUCAAUUUAUUGCACAUCUUUAUUCUCUUUCUCAGCAACCAGAAAGGCCACUAAACUAUAAUGCACAAGUAUAUCUCCACCUUAUUUUUACUGUAUAUUCUGAAAGUCCACCAACUCUGUAACCACCUUAUUUUUCUCUGGGGGUAAGUGAAACUUGGAUGGUUGUUACAUAUAGUAAGUGAGUCAUUAAAGUCUCUAACUCUGGAUCGAAUAAAUUUUAAAGAGCUGAAAAAUUAAAAAAAAUACACAAUGUA